UAACUGGAGACCUGCGUGAGUUUUUUUUAUCAGCCUAGAAAUAGGCAGCACUCAACGUGCUCAACGUGGAGGAAAAUUUUAUGGUAACCUACAAAGCCUACCAUCAGUUCUCUGCUGUACUGCAGGAUGUCUCAAAGGAAGAUGCUGCAAUUCUCCACAGGAGCUCUGCUUCUUCUCCUACCCUGGUUUGGUGGCCUGGUCCUCGGAGAGGUCGUCAAUGACUUUUCCAAGUGUCAACAAUUCUUUUAUAGGAACACUUCACCAACAGGUAUCACCGGAAAUCAUUAUCAGCCAAUAUGCCAGCGCUACAACAACAGCUACCGUUUUGCCACCCUGUAUGACCGUGACCGUCGUUCAGCACUGUACUCUGCGUACAUACUCAGCUCUCCAGAAGGUAAAAGGGAUGACGAAACCUGGAUGUAUGAACCACAGCUGGCAAAUAGAAAAGGUGAUCCAUCCAUGCAAGAACUCAACUUGCGUCCAGACAACAAUGUGAAAGAAAGCCAGGCGGUGCUUGAGGACUACAGAGGGACCCUCUACACCAAGGGCCAUCUCACCCCCAGCAUGCACCAGCACUCACUGGAGGACCGUAAGGCCACCUACACCUUGACAAACAUUGUCCCUCAGUGGGAAGGCUCCAAUAGUGGUCCCUGGGGAGAACUGGAGAAAGAGGUGAUGAGUGAAUUCCAAAAGUGCUGCAAAGAGAAGAUGUAUGUGAUCACUGGAGUCAUGUCUGGAAAAAAAUCGAUAAACAGUAGGGUGUUUGUUCCUGAUUACCUGUGGUCUGCCUACUGCUGCCCAUCCUACAAACCUAACCUUCCUGAGUGUCAGUCAUUUUUCCCCACAUAUGCUGCAGUGGGAAGCAAUUUUAAAAAAAAGCCAGCUGGUGACACGGUGGGGGUCCGUACAGACGGCUUUCAUGUGACGCGGAUGUCCUUGAAUGGCCUAGAGAAAAUCCUGAGAAAAAGGCUGGAAAUGCCAAACAUCAGUCUGUUUGAUGGGCAGUGUAAGUAACAGAGUGACAAGCUUUAAGCAGAAGUUAGUUAACUUAUCUGCACAAAGUUAAUGUAUCAUAUCCAGGGUGCUUACGGGUGUCCAACAGUCACCAAGUACAGCACAGCACCCCCUAGUGUCUGGUUAGCCUCAAAAUCUUAUAAAAACUCUCCCACUGCUUAAUUGCUGAAUAAAUGUUUGAUCAAAAUAUUGUCUUGUCUUAUGAUGGUUGGAAAUGAAUAUUUUUGAUGAAUAUGAUCUUGCAAUUUUGAUCAAUGUCAUCUUUAUAUCAUGUUCACAAAGCCCAUCAUUGUCCAAUAAAUCAAGACUGAAAUGUG